GGAUUCCAAUAUUCGGGCUGCUGGUUAUACUCCGGAGUACCCUACAGUGGGUGAUGUCACCCGACUUCCAGCGUAAACCUUGCUCUCACGAUGUCAUGUGGAUCGAUCGGAUCAUCAAUGUGUCUCCAGCGCAUCUUCGACCCCGUCAAUCCCGCAAGGCUUUACCGUCCUUAUAAAAAGGCUAUCCCGCUCUCCCUCAGUCUAGUGGCUGCACGUUACUACUCGUCUUGUGACAUCGUUCUCCCAUACAUCAUCGAACAUACUACCCCUGCACACGUAUCUCAAUUCUCAAAAACCCCAACUAGACUUCAUCCAUCCCGCAAAAUGGUCUUCUCUCUCUUCAAGUCCUCCAAGCAGGAGUCCAGCGCCCAGAAUGCGGACCCUAAGUUCGACCCCAACACUCUCACAAUGAUCCAGCCGGGGUCUCCUAAUGCGCCAACCAUGAACGCGAACGGCGUCGUCACUGAGCAGCCGGCUCGUCAAGACGAGAUGUCGAUGCACUUGCGCGGUGGUGGUGGAGGUGGAUUCUGCUGUGGACUUUGCGCCGGUCUUGCUUGCUUCGAGUGCUGCGAGAUCUGCUGUUAGGUGAUGACGAACCCCGUUGCGUUGCGACUGCGAUUGAUAGUCACACCAUAUACCCGGCAGAUGAUGAAGGGAGCAGAAGAAGAAUGAGGCAGGCGUUACGAAUUGGUCACGAUAGCUCUACCAUGGGCAUGACACCGUUGGCUUGAUGGAUUUGAUACCUAUUUUAUACCCUGUUUCAUGUUGCUAGAAAUAUUGGGAUAGUCCCAACGAAACACGAAUGAUUGCAUGAUUUCAC